CAGGAAGCUGAGGUAGUGAGAUGGCUCAUGCGAUGAAGGCUUGGUUGAAGUGGCCAACAAGAUGGCAAUACCGAAUUUCUUUCCCUCCUGCAGUGACGAUUCGUUUUCUUCAUUCACCGUUACGAACUUCUCAUACCGCUUCCUGCUCUUCGUCUCCGUUUUCUUCAGCUCCCUUCUCGUCCUGCCGCCACCUCAGCUUCCGCUCCGGCGCCUUCCGAAUGCCGGACGUUCCUGUACCGAUGGAGUCAUCCGAGAGCGACAGCGACAGCGACGGCGGUUCUGAUAAGGUGAAGAAGAGCCGAAAUGCGAAGAAACGCGAAGCUCAGCGCGCCGUUCGCUGGGGGAUUGAACUAGCCAAGUUCUCGCCUUCUCAAAUCAAACGAAUUCUCAGAGUGACUGCAGUUAAGGAUGAUGUCUACGAUGAACUCAUGCUUGUCAAGAGAUUUGGUCGUGACGUCCGGGAAGGAAAACGAAGACAAUUCAGCCAUAUAGGCAAACUGCUUCGGGAUGCGGAGCCUGAGUUGAUGGAUGGCUUGAUUAAGGCAACUAGCAAUGGUGACCAAAAACAGAUUGAGGCUUUAUGUAGCUCAAGGACACAGAACAUUGAAGAUGAAGAAGCUGAUGAAACUGAGUAUGAGGAGAGUGAUGAUGAUGAUUAUGACGACGAUGAUGAUGAGAAUAUUGAAUUGGCAGAUAGAUGGUUUGAUGGCUUAGUUAAUAAGAACAUCGAGAUUAGCAAUGAAAUAUAUUCUCUUCGCGAAGCCGAGUUUGAUCGUCAGGAAUUGCGGAAUCUAGUACGUAAUGUACAGUCUAUUGAACCGCCCAAAAUCAACGAGGGAAAGGAAAGCGAAAUGGACAUGAGAUUUCUGAAAGCCAAGAUGUCCCUAACCCGUUUCCUAAGACGUAUUGCCAAACAGGUUCGGGUUGAUUAAGCAACCCUCAUAUGAUGCGGUAUAUUAUUUUGGGACUAUAAUGACAUGGCAUAUUAAAGAAAUACAGUAUGGAACAUUGAAUGUCUCUCCGGGUUAGUGUAUGCCUGGUUCUACCAGGUUAGGGCCGUUUUUUUCUUGUCUUUUUUACCUUUUUUCUGUACUUGUGGGGAAAAGUUUUGCAUCAUCCAGUGCAUUGUAAAGUUGUAUUAAUGAUCGGUUAAUAUUUAUAGGAAUUCCCUCAAUAAGUCAUGUAGUUUUAGUUGGUUUUUCACGUGUAGGUAUUCUCCACUCUUUGGAUCUGUUGUGAUUGCAUUGUACGGACAUGACACCGACAGGCACCAUAUUGUGGAUAGCUAUUUGUAUAUAUCUGCAGAAGCAAAUAUACUUAGACGGGGAUAAUUUAUUAUAAAGACAGGGUUAUCACUGUAGGGUCCAGUUUUGAUCCCAAGACGACCCUAAUUUUAGUGGGAAAUAUAUACUCAAUAGUAGGCUUGGGUUGCUCCAAAUAUUUUUUAACGUUUCAUCCAUCAGCAUCUUCACAAAAAGGUUAAUGACG